GUAGCUACGCAGCAGCAGCAGCGCAGCCGCCCCCCCUAGCAGCAGCAGCAGCAGCAGCGGAGCCAGCAGCAGCAGGAGAGGAAGCAGCAGCAGAGGCGAUGCUCCAAACCCAAGGCGACGUCCCCAUGCCUGCUGAAGAGCCCCAGCAGCAGCCCCUGCCCCAGCAGCAGCAGCAGCGGCAGCAGGAGGUGCCUGCAGCAGAGGAAAGCGAAGGCGAGGAGGAGAUGCUGUUGGAAGCAGCAGCUCCUGCUGCUGCUGCUGCUGCUGCUCUCUCCCCCGAAACCUGCACAGACCCCAAAGUCAUGGAGCUCAUUAGGCUGCUGGUGGCGCCCCAAGGAAGCGAGCAGGCCAUCCUCAAGGCUUACGAGACCUUCAAGACCAUGUGA